UCUUCCAGUCCACAGACCUGGUCUGUGUUCCAGUCUUACUGGCCUGGAUUUACUGGAUAGGCUACUGGACUAGAAUAUAGCUUGUUAUGUGGAACAUUCGUCCAGUAGAUGGCGGCGAUGCAACAUUUUGAAUACCGGCAGCAGCCAUAAAACUCAAAAGAAGAGCGAGAAGAAGAAGAUUCCCUUUCGGUCCCAUGCGUAGUGCUGUCAAUGGUAGUGUUGCAGCGUCCGUGGGGCAGAGAGUCAGAUUGAGGCGUUUGUCCACAGUAAGAGCACAGGCAAGGGCGAAUGCAGUGGACUACCGCUCUGCGACUUAGGGAAGAGCAGGAAGCACUGACGUAAAAGGGAAGCCAAGCUGGGAAACUAACCAGCUGCAGAGGAGGACAGACGACCAUUUCGACCAUCAACUGCUGUUCUUUUGUGAAGGGUGUGAAGAAUGAAUGUGUGGGUGCUGCUAGUCAACCAGGCCUACGUUUGUUUUCGUGUUGUCCGGACACCAAGGGAAGCCAUGCUUCCCCUCUUUUCCAUGACGGCAACAGGCACGCUCAUUUAAUUAUUUAACGUUUUUGUCUAUCAAGUUUUUGGUUUUAUUUCCUUUCAUUCCCGCUUUCUCUGUGAGUAUUUUGUAACUUAGGAUAUAACCCCAGUUGAGUUUGCUUGUCAGUGGUGUUUAGAGGAGUGUUGGCAAUGGAGGGAGGAGAUUUGGAGUUUUUGAUGAAAAAUAGUUUUACUAAACUGCCUCCUAAACAACAGCUCCAAAUCAUAGCUGAUGGCAGACCGACACCACAACUCGAGAACUUGAGAUCUGAGAGGGGAAAAGGUUUCAGGUCCUUCAAGGAGGACAAUUAUGUCCGCACGGAGUGGCUAGCUGGCAGUGCUAAGUUGCAAAAACUAUUUUGCUGGCCGUGUAUGCUCUUUGACAGAGAUGAAUGCAGGUUAAAUAAUCCAUGGGCGUCUUGUGGAUUUGCGGAUCUUGGUAACCUAUCCCGUGCGCUCGAAAGGCAUUCAAAAAGUAAAAACCACAUUGAUUGUUCCGUUAAACUCAAGUACUUUGGGCGUGCUGGAUCUGACAAGACCUCAGACGUCUCUGGAGGUAUUAGCAGGCAAACGCACAAUGAGCAGGUCAGAAAAAACAGAGAUGUACUGAGGAGACAUGUGGUCGCUGCACUAUAUCUUGCCCGCCAAGAACAGGUGUUUGGGGGUCACAACGAGAGAUCUGGCACUACAAACAGGGGCAACUUUGUGGAAUUUGUUCAUUCCUUUGCAGAGUUGGACAGCACACUAGCAGAUCAUUUGCAGACAUCCGCCAUGUUCACUGGCCUGUGUAGCACCAUACAGAACGACAUUGUGGAAAGUAUCGCAGCCGUCAUCCACAAACAGACUGAAAUGGAAAUAAAAACCUCUCCCUUCAUUGCUGUGCAAGUGGAUGACAUAUCAAGCAUAUCAAACAAACGCCAACUCGCAGCCAUUGUCAGAUAUGUCGAUGGAAAGGGUAGUGUGUGUGAGCAUUUCCUGGGCUUUUACGACGUGAGCUCUCCCAGAGAUGCCAAAGCUGUAGCCGCUGUUGCAAUGCAAGCUAUUAAGAUGUACAAUCCAAAGGUGAAAUUAGUUUGUCAGACUUACGAUGGUGGCUGCUGCAUGAGUGGAGGGCAGGGUGGGGUGCAAGCUGUAGUGAAGUCCCAGUGUCCUAAUGCACUGUUCAUCCACUGUUAUGCACACGAACUGAACCACGUUUUGGCCCAAGGCACAAAGGUCAUUCAGGCGGCAAGACUCUUCUUUGCCGACGUUGAUUCUUUCCGCUGCUUCUUUUCACAAUCACGUAAAAGAUCAGCAUUUCUGUACGAAGUUGACCAUUCCGCGCGUGGAACCAUUCCUGGGGGUCCUGCCAUGAGGUGGAACUUCAAGAGCCGCCCUAUUUAUGCCAUCCAUGAGGGUCGCGUGUCACUUAUGGCGGCCUUUGACAGGAUCAUGGUUGAGCCUGGAUGGGACAAAGAAACCAUUGCGCUGAGUAUGGCUUUGAAGCACAGGCUUGAGGAUUUUGACUUCUGUUUCUUAAUCGGAGUCUUUCAGACCAUCUUCAGUGUCACUGAGCCUCUUCUGCAAGUCCUGCAAAGUAUGUGGACAGUGGACAUCAAAAGAUGUCAGGAAUGCGUCAAGGACAAACUUGGUGUAAUCGCAUCCUUGCGCACAGAUGAGAGCUUUAGUGGCCUCUAUGACAAAGCGGUUCAGCUGGUCGGAGAACCUGCGCCGCCACGGCGCAAACGCCGGCGCCGCAAUUGUGAUGACAUGGAACAGGGAUUGAACCAGCACCAAGACGCUGAGCUGAAAACCUUGACUUCUUUCCGACAACUGUACUACCAAAUUCUUGACAGCAUUGCAGAGCAUAUGACUCAAAGAUUUGCAGACAUGGAGCGCAUCAGCUUCUUUCGAUUGCUGGAGCACACCUUGUUUGAAUAUUUCUGCAAGCCUAUUGCAUUUCCCAUCAAAGAGUUGGCCCAGCUGAUCAAAACGUAUCCAUACUUUGAAGAGCCGAGGCUGCGCAAAGAGCUUCGCGCCUUGUAUACCAAUACGAUUUUCCACAAGUCACCACCAGAUUUGUUGCGGCUUUUGAUUGAGGAUGGCCUGAAGAACUCAUUUCCCGAGGUUACUAAGCUGCUCAAACUUGUGUUGACUAUACCAGCCACAAGCACAACCGCCGAGCGCUCUUUUUCCUGUCUUGAAAGGACCGAAAUGUACUUGCGAAACACAUGCGGCGAAGACAGGCUCGUGAACCUUGCUCAGAUCUCCAUUAAUUCUGCUGUAGUGGAUGAGUUGAAGGCUAGUGAACAUUUCUAUGAUGCAGUCAUUGACCACUUCGCAAAUGUGAAAGGCAGACAAAUGGAAUUCAAUUUCAAAUAAAAUCACACCUCCCCCUUGUCUCUUAGAAAAUCUUUCCUUCUUGAAAAAAAAACCUCUGAUGCCAUGCCAUGGUUUUUUUGUUGUUGUUUUUUUUGGCUUUUUGUUUGUUUGUUUGGUAACACUUGUUUAUAUUAAUUAUUGCCUGUACAGGAUUGAUAUUUUUCCACUCUUUUUUAAAAACAAUUAGCUGAAUAUAGCAGCACUUAUGUCUGUGUGUGUGAGAGAGAGAACCGCAGCCAAUGAGAGGAUGAGCGAUGAAACAAGGUCCACAACGGAGAUGCAGCAGCUGUGACAGUGUUCGCAAAAGCACAACACUGAAAAUAAAAGACUCCUGGGGAGUGGGACAAUAAGUGACUCUGGCCGCAAUGAUGCACAUGUCCAACCUGCGCCACGGUGGAGAGCUCUCUUUAUAUUAUGCCUAGAGAGCGCAGGUGUACCCAAUUUUCUGGUUCUACAACUGCAGGCUCUUCAUCUGUUGAGAAGUGGGUUCAAGAAGCGUUAAGUUGUAUUCGGCAACAUAUGUGACUGUUUUUGAUUAAGCCUUUUUUUUGUUCAACCAUUUUUUUUUAAGUCUUAAAAGAGUGGGUGGAAUAAGUAAUAUGUUUAUUGGUAACAGUGUUUAUUUGCUACAUGUAAAAAACAAAAAGACCAUGAGUCUAUUUCUCAACUACUUUUUGUUUGUUUGUUUGUUUUGGUACCGAGUGUAGGGAAAUGCUGAAGUAGUUUACAAAGUUCCUUUGAAGUGUUGUUCAAAGUGGUGCCUUAACUCACUGUGUGUGUUCUUGAAAUGGAGGCUUGGUUAUGUUAUAUUCUUGGGACCCAUUCCUUCUGGUUUAUCCUUCAAUGUAAAUCCCUGUGUUUAUAUUAUUGAUUGCCUGAACAGAUAUGUUUCUAUCAGCCAACAAAAAUAAAGCUUGUAUUUUUUGUAACUUU